CGCCGCGCCAGUCCCGCAGCGACCGCCGGCGAGCCCGCACGCGCACUCCACGCGCGACCACGAUCACGCGCGCGACCGACGCGAUCGCGAACUCUUGCUUUUGUUUAUUUUUCGCGUGCGUCCUUCGGGCACGCCGUCUUGUGUUCCGAGGCAGCGAGGCGAAGCAGCGACGAGCGGAUGGACCGAGCGAGGAGAGAAGAUUGGUGCAAGCCGCUCGGAUAACCCGCCGCACCACGCAACAACCAAAUCAUUCAAAAUUCCUCAAACCAAAGCCUCCAGUCAAAACUCUCGUUUCAAUCUAAUAUAAGCACUAUUUUUUAACCUUUUAACGAUACAGCAAAUCAUAACAUAGUAUACGCUAACUCCCAAACAGUACAAAUUAAUUUAAGUCUGAAGUGAUCGGUAUUUACAAUAAAAAAAGCCUUUGCAAUUGAGCGAAAGAUAAAAUUUAAUCAAGCAAUCAACGACCAGUAUUUAAACGUUCCAAAAUAAUAAGAUAUCGUUAAACGAGUGCACAAAUAUUUAUGUACGUUAGCAGUUGUGAGAACAGCCGACCGUUCACAAGUCAGCCAAAGAUUUUAUAAACCGUAACUGUUAAGACGUUGCCUCUACUCGUUAAGGAUUUUUUACAUAAUUUAUUUGCUAGUAUUAAAAAUCGAAGAUAUUGUGAUUAGUGUAGUGUAAACCAGUGUGCCGUAUAACCGUAAUCUAAGUGCUAUAUAGGGUAACCUGCGCGGACAUUCAGUGCAGCCGUUUCAAAGUACAAAUUACCGAAAGUUCCGACUCUAUACGACUCUGUAACUAUAGUGUGUGUUCAGUACAAGUUAGACUUACGAAGCCUUUAUUUUUGUACGCAAGCUACCGAACUAUUCCGUACUGUGUAUCGAGUGCGAGUGAUGAGAUCAGGCGCGAUGCGCUCGCGCCGCCAGGAGGCGCCAUGAGCGAGCGGCUGGCGAGCCCGGGCGACCUGCCGCCCUUCGCCUCCUUCGGAGACAUGGCGGAGGAGCAGCGCCUGCUGCACGCCGACACGCGCCUGCUGGAGCCCACCUGGGAGUACUACGAGCGCACCGGCGACACGCUCAGCAUCAUCUCCAGCCAGCCGCAGUACCGGCCCUGGGAGUCCAUGCCGAUCACCGUCGGCGGCAAGGACGCCAUCCUGCGCGCCGGCUUCUCCACCCCGCUGGAGACCUACCAGUCUGUGACCCUGCAGCCGAUCCCCAACAAGCUGCCGUCCUUCCAGAGCCAGUUCCAGACGUUCCCGGAGACGACGGUGAUCCCGGAGACGGGGCUGCCCAGCGUGACGCCCGUGCCGGUGACGUCGAGCCCCACGCCCAGCGCCAGCCCCAGCCACAUCACGCAGCUCACGCAGCUCACGACGCCGUCGUCGCCGCACCUCACCACGCUGUCGCAGGUGGCGCCGCUGUCCACCACGCUCACCACGCUGUCGCCCGUCAACGCGACCACGUUCCACACGCUCACGGCGGUCAACGCACGCAGCUACCCGCUGGUGCCGGCGCCGCUGCAGGCGCGCGACCUGGCACCCUCGGGCCAGGCCUACAUCGACGACCGCCACAUACAGCUCUACCAGCCAAACAUCGCCACCAUCAACGCGUUCCCGACGCAGAACGGCAUCCUGCACCAAAACGGGACGCUCCUGCACCAGAACGGGAGCUUAAUACAGAACAUUCAGAGCCCGACGGUGGUGCACGUCCUGAAGAACGAACCUUUCGAUGUGAAAUCAUUACAAGACAAAUACACGCCUAACGGGCUGCACCAUGCGUCGUUCCAGAACCCUAUGAUCCUGGAUAACGGAUACGAGAAGAAGACAAAUGGGUUCGGGAACGGGUCGUCGCCGACGAGGUCAGACUACCGGAAGAAGGAGCGGCGGAAAAUGCGCGCGAACAGCUCCGAGUCGGACGGGUCCAACAUGGAGGUGGGGUCGGAGAGCAGCGGGCAGGUGGCGGCCGUGUCGUCCACCGCCGGGUUCAAGUCCCCGCUGCACGGCGCGCCGCCCCUGCACGCCGGGCCCAUGGAGAUGGACGACUGCUCCAGCGAGAAACAGACAAAGAAGAAAAGAAAACGUUGCGGCGAAUGCAUCGGAUGCCAGCGUAAGGACAACUGUGGGGACUGCGCGCCCUGCCGCAACGACAAGUCGCAUCAGAUCUGCAAGCAGAGGCGAUGCGAGAAGCUAACAGAGAAGAAGGUCUUACAAGACAUCAAGAGCUACCGCGGCCGCAAGCCCCUCGGCGGCACAGCUGGCGUGCCCGGCGCGCCAGGCAUCGCCGGAGUCCCCGGGGUCGCGGGCCUGAGCCCCGGCAUCCCCGCCGCCAGCCCCAGCCCCGCGCCCGCCGCGCCCAGCCCCUCCCCCGCCGCCGUGCCCAACAUGAAGCAGGAGCAUCCCAGUGCUCAGCCUAUGUCACCAAUGCCGUUCUACGUGGGAGACCCGAACCGCUUCCCGACGGCGUGGCAAGCCGACCCGACACAAGCGUGGCAAAACCAAUUCAUCCAGCAACUACCGACACAGACCGGGCAGACUACGCUAGACUACCAGGGCAACCACACCACAGCAUACGCGACGUCUCCCCACUACCAGACAGCAAACACCACCUACACCGUCCAAAACGUCGCCACGACUUUUGACGUCACGAAUAACACGUAUUACACCACGGGGGUACAGUCGGUGCCGGCUCAGAGGCCGCCCUCGAAUCGCGGCGCCUACACGCCAGUUCCAUCCCCUAGAGCCCCUCACUAUACCAACGAGUACCAACAGCAGUACGGUCAGCAGGCGCCCACGCCCGGCGCCGCGCCCGGCAACGACUCGCGCCCCGCCUCGGCCGCCUCUUAUCAAAAUAACGUACCAACUUCAGCAGCUCCCGUCUACACCGUCAGCCAAACAUACGAGCGCAACGACUACAACCAAGAACACACCGAUGAAAGUCAGUACACGAACGGAGAGAACGGGACGGGCGACUCCCACAACAGCGAGGGAGAGAGACAGAACGAGAACACGCCCAAUGGACAGCACUCGGGAAACGCCGAGCCUGGGUACCUGCAGGGGAGCAACGGUCCGCAAGCUUCACUCGAUUGUAGCGGGUACUCGGGCGCUUUUAAUGGCGGCCACAAUAUGCAACAACAACAACAGCAGCAACAACAACAACAACAACAACAACAGUAUAGAGAGAACGGCACGAGGGAGAACGACUGGCAGCAGCGGCAGUGGCAGCAGAGGAUGCAGAACCAACAGAUGCAGAAUCAGCAGCAACAGAUGCAGCAGCAGCAGCUGCAGAACCAACAGCAGCAGAUGUCGAACCAGAUGCAGAGCCAACAGCAGCAGAUGCAGAAUCAGCAGCAGAUGAACCAUCAAAAUCAGAUGCAGCAGAACCAGCAGAUGCAGCAGCAGCGACAGGACGACAGUGAGCAGCAGAUGUUCUCGCAGUCGGACCGGGUGAACUUGAACUCGAGGUUGAAGACGAUGAUCCUGAACAAGCAGAGCCACGCGCGCGACGGGCCCGCGUCGCCGCCGGACAAGGACCCGGGCGACCCGCCGCGCGGCCUCGACGACCGCAGCAAGAUCGUGGUGCCCGUCACCGAGGACCGAAACACGACCGGUCAUUUUUUAUCGUAUAGCCACCAUCUCCGAGAUAAUUACCGAGUAGGCGCCGCGGGCGGGUUCCCGGGCGCCGGUAGUUAUGGCGGGCUCGCGUACGCGGGCCACGUCGGGGGUGGUGGCCACCACGAGUGGGAGGGGGGGACGAGCCAGAGCUCGUAUGAUAAACACGCAACAGCUAAUUUGCCAAAAACGCCGCAGAAGUUACCGUCUUACGCAGACAUGCGACAGUACGGCGCGUACGCGGCCCCGUACGACGCGCACAAGUACGCAGACAUUUACGGUACCGAUAGUUUAAGUUACAAUAGUCAGGACAGCAAGGAUUUUCAGUCGAAAAUGUUGAUUGGACCAGUCUCGGAGACGAACCAGCAGACCGUCCCACGAGGCGGCACGCGGCACCCCGCCGCGCCAUUGAUACCCAAACUAGAGACACCAGAGACCUACCAGUAUCCCAAAGAUGAUAGACUAAUGAACACUGAACCGCCUAAGUCAAACCAAAACCAAUUCUCCAAACCAAAUGACAUGACUGGACUGCACCCUUACCGGGACUAUCCGAACGGAAUGGUCUCCAGGGCAAACACGGCGCUACCACCGAUCUCGACAAUUAAGCAGGAAAAUUUUGGGCAAAAGGUUCCGCAGGCUAAUUACAACAACUUCCAAGGCAGCAACUUUCCUUAUGACAGGAGAGAAUCCACAGAGCCUUUUGCGCAGCCGCGCGUACAGGAAACGAACAUGGGUUUCCAGAAGUACAACAGAAACACGCACGAACAUAGAAAAGAGCCUCAAUCGAAAAACCGUGCGAGUUCUGAGCGGAGCGCGUCUGCGGAACCUAAACCUUACUACGUCGAGCAGAUCAAAUCUGAGCAUUCACCGCCUGGCCACAAGAUCUACAAGAAUAGCUUCGGACACCUGUCCAAAAGCGAGCCGUAUCUAUUCAGAGGUGACGGUGGGCCCGUCAUAAUCAGGAACGAAGUAGGAUACUCCUGCUGUCGUCAAGGAUCCACAAAAAAACCACCGCCAGAACAUUUGAGGGACGGUGCGUGUCCUGGACUACAAACCAAAGAUGAAGUCAUUGAAGACGACCCAGAUGCAACAGACAAAAAUGACCCUAAAAGCCAAGGGAAACCGCCAACACCAGGGCCUGACGCCUUGGCCAAAGUCACGAAAGAAGUUCCUAACCAAUUCAAUUAUUCCAAGGAGUAUUUGGAAAAUCUGGAAAAGCUCAAGAACAAUUCUAGGACUGAGGUGCCAGAUUGCAAUUGUUUUCCUGCUGAUAAGAACCCUCCAGAGCCGGGCAGUUAUUACACUCACUUAGGAGCGGCAGCCACUUUAGCCGAGCUACGGAGGGAGUUGGAGUCAAGAACUGGCUUGUCCGGGAAAGAGUUGAGGAUAGAGAAAGUAUGUUACACGGGAAAGGAAGGGAAGACCGCGCAAGGAUGCCCUAUGGCAAAGUGGGUUAUCCGUCGCACAAAUUACACAGAGAAAGUGUUGGUCGUGGUAAAAUGCAGAAACGGUCACAAAUGCGCUACCACCUGGAUAGUCGUGUGUUUAGUGGCUUGGGAAGGCAUACCGCAGUCUGAGGCAGACUUGGACUAUACGCUAUUGAGCCAUAAACUGAACAGAUAUGGCCUGCCGACUACUAGACGAUGUGCGACCAAUGAGAAUCGAACCUGUGCUUGUCAAGGACUGGACCCAGAAACGUGUGGCGCCUCCUACAGCUUCGGCUGUUCGUGGUCGAUGUACUACAACGGCUGCAAAUACGCGCGAUCGAAGACCGUUCGCAAGUUCCGCCUCUCAGUGAAGAACGAGGAGAGCGAGAUAGAAGAGCGAAUGCACGUAUUAGCCACAUUGUUGAGUCCGUUGUACAUGAAUCUGGCCCCUAAAAGCUUUGAGAAUCAGUGCCAGUUUGAGAAGGAGGCGUCGGAUUGUCGGCUCGGGUUCAAACCUGGUCGACCGUUUUCUGGAGUGACAGCGUGCAUAGAUUUCUGCGCACACGCACACCGCGACCUACACAACAUGAACAAUGGCUGCACAGCAGUAGUCACUCUAGCCAAGCACAGAAACCUCACCAAACCACCCGACGAACAACUGCACGUAUUGCCACUCUAUGUCCUAGAUAAUACGGACGAGUUCGGCUCGAAGGAGGGACAGGAUGAGAAGAUAAAGAACGGGGCACUGGAGAUCUUGGACAAAUACCAAAUGGAAGUCCGAGUGCGGUCAGUGCCGCUGCAGCCGUGUCGACGCCACGGGAAGAAAAGGAAGGACGAGCCCGAGGCAGACGCCAAUACUUCCAACAGCAGCAACAACUCACAACAAAGCCCGGGGUCCAAGAAACCCCCCUGCCCCUCCCCGUCCCCUAGGACACCCCAGCCGGACCCCAGAAGCAACCCCAGCCCAAGAAGCCAGAACAGCGCCUCACCCAGAGCCCUCACUCCAGCCCUCAACCAAAACACUAAUGUAUUCCCCAUGAAUUCGCCCUACAAUUCCGCCUUCGUCAACCCCGGCAUGCAUAAUAAUUCAGGUUUGAUGAACCCUAAUCUAGGUAACCCAGCCUUGUUGGAUAUGGCUACAAUGAUUGAUAAUUUCACUGACGCGCAACUCCAAAGCAAUCAGAUUUCCAGUACGGUGCUAGAUUCUCCCUACAAUCCGUACGAUCAAAGCUACAAUUUGCAUCAUCAAAAUGCGUUGUACAAUCCCAACCACGUGCCCGCGCUGGUUGAAGGCAACUCGUGCCAAAACCCUAAUCCAAAUCAGCUUCCGAGCUUCGCUACCGGUCUUCAGAGAAAAGAACAAAAUGCUUUCGUAAAUGCGCCAAAUGUUAAUAUUCCGAACAAUAAUAACCCGCAGAACCAAUGGCCAGACUUUGGUACCGCGGAAAUGUUCAGUAACGUAGUCAAGGAAGACCCCGACUCGACUACAGCUCAUUUAAAUCUUCCACCAAAUAAUUACAGUCCAGACUCUAACAAGAGCGAGACAAGUGUCGAUCAAAAUGCCCAGAAGAUAUUGACUGAGACGGAUAAGCAAAAUGUUCUCGGAGUAGAAAUAAAUCACAAAACAUUACCAGACUUCGAUAUGCCGAGUUCGCCGAGACUCACUGAGAUAUCUCAGAAGUCACAAAGUACUCCGGCCUCGCCUAUCCAAACACCAGAACUAAAGUCGCCUGGUAAUGUAGAUCCAAAUUCAGAAAGAAAAAGCGUCUGGAAAUCUCCUGACCCCAAAAACUGGGACCCAUUAACAGGAAAAUCAAAAGACGUCCCAAAUACAGACGAAAAUGCCUUAUUCAGAGUUCCCAAAGCCAGGCCACCUUCCAGAUCCAAUCAUACCACUGUCCCUACGGAGGGUAUGGAAAACUCAACGUUUUUAAAACCCUAUCCACCAUCAGAACAAAGACCAUAUUUAAAUCAAGGUUAUGAACAUAGGAGUCCAUACGACAAUAGAACUUCCACUCCAAACAAUGCCAAUACUCAGCCGCCUGUUUCACAACAAAAUAACUAUACUAUCAACCACGAGGAGUAUAGUCAAAACAUGGCGAUAGCUAACAAACCCAACCUUCCAGAGUUUAACCCAAGUACGAGCAGCUUUCAUGCUGUUAAUCAAAACACUUAUGCAAACCAAACUCCGAGCAUACAAGGCUACGGAAACUACCCUCAAAUAAGUAACGCAUACCCGUUUCAGUCAAACCCUUACGGGCAUUUUAAUCCUUACGAAAAUUCUUACAACGACUACAACAGCUUAGCGUACUACAACGCGGAAAAAUAUAAAAGAGAGGAGUUGUUAAGGAACUCUCACUGUUACAAUUCCUACGGGUAUCAAUAUAACCCCAACUUUGCGCCAAACUUUUACCAAAAUACUAGUCCUAACUGGUGCCAGUCUUCACCUAAUUGGUGUCUGUACCCACCGCCUUUCUCCAUCCCUUACCCACCAGAGCCACCUAAAGCUGAACCCAUUGGAGAGGUCACUGAUUUCUCCGACAAUUUGGAAUGCUUUAAGGACAGUCAAAUGGGUGGAGUAGCCAUCGCGUUGGGCCACGGGAGUGUGCUAUUCGAAUGCGCCAAACACGAAAUGCAUUCAACCACGUCAGUCAAAUCUCCCAACAGAGUCAAUCCGACUCGAAUCUCUCUGGUAUUCUACCAGCACAGGAAUCUGAACCGACCGAAACACGGUUUAGAGGAAUGGGAGGAAAAGAUGAGACUGAAAAAGUUGGGUUUGACGCCGCCCGCGACGCCCUCCACUCCCGGGCCGAGCUCCAACUCGGUCUCUCCCGCGUCCACUCCGGGACCCGACAGACAAACACCUAACGGGGAGAAGUGGAAGAAAGAGGACAGCUUCCCUGGGGGCUUUAGUUCCUUAUCAGCGCUAGUGGAAGCCACUGCGGCUGCGAGGAAAAGCGGGCAGAUAAUGAUGCGUACCGACACGCAUACUACUAUGUCGUGGACGACGCUUUUCCCCAUGCACCCAUGCACGGUGACGGGUCCCUACCAGGAGGGCCACCUGACACCGACCGGGGCCCGCCGCCCCGCGCCCGCCCGCCAAGCCGCUCCCGGCCAUGCCCAACCUUCCCUAGACCUAGUCUAUGUUGCCUUUCCUCGUAGUACCGUGUAAUCGUCAACUUAUGAAUAGAUGUCGUGCUUCGUAUUAGGUAACCUUAGUUCCUGAACGGGAGUUAAUAUUCGAUGACUGGUCCAAAAUCUUGUUGUUAUAUCAAACGUUUACAUAAACAUUGGAAUUGACUAUCUGUACCGUGAUGUCGUCACAUUUUUAUAGUAAAGUAUUCCGAGUGAGUUUUUAAUCAAAGAUUUGUAAUUUUAAGUUAAAUUUGUAGUGUUUAUCGCAUCUCAGCUAGUCUUACGUUAUUAUCGAGUUAGUAUCUACUUUGUAUCGAAGUCGUAUCAAUUAGUAUUUUUUUGUAUAUUCUUGUGUUAAUUUUAGUUUAACUUUACCGGUGUUAAUUUCUGUCAUUUUCUCGAAAAAUAGUUUUAAUUUACAAGUUCUAUUGUAUAAAAUAGCGUCGUUAUUGUCUGCAUAUUUUGUGAAUGUUCUCUAAUAUAACGCAUAAUUGAGUUUUUAUGCGAUAAAAUGAUCUCAUAAAGUAACUACUAACCCUACAAGUAACCUUAGAAUUGAGAACAAAAGUACAAAACAUCACAUUUCCAAAAGGUUGUAUGUUGUGCGUAGUUCGCUCGUGUUGAUUCAUUCGACGGUAUUUGGCUCGUUUUAAAUUGUUUGUACCUUUGUUUGCAUUUAGUUUUUGCCAUUUAUUAUUAUAACUCCGACUUGCUACAAGUAGCAUAUUUUGUUUUUAUUAAUUAUUAUAAAUCAUGGCGUUAGUGCGUUGUGUAUUUUACCAAGAUGCGAGUGCUUUUCGAUUAGGUUUAAGAUGUCGUGUGUAUUUUAAACUUUUUAGACUAUUUAACUUAUUUAUAUGUAUCAGAUCAUUUUCUUUGUAAUAUUUUAGCGUUAUGGUAGACUUUAAUAUAUUUCAUUUAUCAAUUGACAUUAAAUUAUUCCAGUUAUUUCGAGGCGUAUUUGUAGGAGCCUUCUUUACUUUUCAAAUCGAGUGCCUGUCUUGUUCGGCUGAUUUCAUUGUUAGAUUUAAAUAUUCUCUCAACUUUACCAAAAAUGUGACCUUAUAUCUGUAUGAAUACGAAUCAGCGGUUCACGCUAAGUAUGCGAUGUAAAUUCUUAGAAAUCAAACAAUAAGAGAAAUGAGUAAUAAAUUAUCUACCUGUAUAAGAUAAAAUAUGUAUUUGCAAAUAAAAAGUAAAUCAGGCGCUUGGAAAGAUUAUAAAGUAGGCAUAAUAUUGAAAUUGAAUGAAAACAUACUGAUAGUUAUUAAUAUAUAAUUAGGGUAAGCAAAGUUUGUUUUAAAGAUUAAACUAUUGAUAUAGUUUAUAUUUUUUACGUGUACGUAUUUAUUGAAUGGUAAAUUUAUUGGGACGAAGAACGUGAAAUUAUUUAUAGGUUUAAAGUUUUGAGAACAGAACUUAUAAAAAUUAAGCAAUAAUAGACAUCGGAAGUCUAUGUACAUUUUAAAGUAGGAGUGAAAUAUUAUUAUAAAAUUAAUAAAAACGAAUGGUGCGAAAUGUCAUCGGUCUUAUGGAGCAUAAUGUUGGUAUUCUACAGAGUUUGCCUAAACUUGUAUUGGAUAUUAUUUAGCUUACGUGUGUGACAUUGGUAAUGCCCACUAAAGUCUUGCCAUUAUACUAGUUGCUAAUAAUUCGACGAAUUAUUAUUGGUAUUCCUCGAGUGUUAAUGCAUUGUACGACAAGACAUAUCAGAAGCAAUCACAGAAACUUUAAUUAAACAUAGCAGCAUAUUGCAAAAUAAUGUCAAAAAUAUAUGUAAUCAACUAACGAUAGUACUCAGAAUCACAAAGUUCCGUAAAAUAUUUGCAACUGUUCAGAGGCAAAAAAAUACACCAAAGCGAUAUAAAAAACGUAUUAAAUGUAAUAAUUUUAAUAAUAAAUGUGUAGAAGUAAAUGUAUCAUCGGCCUUUUAUAGAAAUGAAAACAAUGCUCUAUCCAUUUAGGUCACACUAGAAACCUGUGAUAUAACCAUUAACUUCAUGAGUGCUAUGUAUGUUUGUCUGUCUUCAGUGUGAUUGUGCAGUGCGUUGGUUUAUUCUCAAACUCCGCGCAACAUUUUAAUAAUAACCAUUCCACAGUGGGGAUGAAAACCAAAGUGGAGCAGCACUAUCGAUUUAUCAAUGUGGUUCAAAUCAACCAGUAAUAAUAAGAGUGCUAUAGACAAAUCCGUGACGCUUCUUUGGUUUUCUUCACCAGUAAAGUCAUAUUGAUACAAAUGUUUUGAGGAUUAAUCGCACUUUUUUUAAUGCAUGCCUUUUAUAAGGAACCAAUUCGAACGACCAGUAUUUUGUGUGUUGUAACCAAAAAUUGUGAAUUCGCUUUUAAUGACUGAUCCCUGUGUUUUUAUGGGUGAUAAUAUUACCAAUGUGAAGUUUUGUAAGGUUACUUUAGUCGUGCGAACACUGUAGUUCGUUUUACUUUUAUAAGUUACGACGAACAUUAUGUCUUAACGAUAUUUUUAUUGUCUUCUGCCAAAACAAAAGAGUAAUCGAAUGUGUCAUGUAAAUAGAACUACCAUUAUUUAUUAAUACAAUAAUUUAAAAAGA